ACGUAUUUGUGUUUCAGCACGUCCAUCGGGCUGACUGUAAUGUUGCAUUCAGAAGCCUUUGGGCUUAAUGGCAGUAGUGUACUUUGACGGCCGUGCUUCACUGCAAAUGGCAGCCGUUAUCUGGGUGCAGAUAACUGUAAGCUUUUUGGUCAUUUUACUUUCAGCACCGAGUCAAGCCGCUCGGCUCUACACCGAAGAUGAUCCAGUCACUAUCCUGACCACAGACACACUGAGGCAGAAUGUUCACAACUCUUCAACAGCUUGGCUGGUCCAGUUUUAUUCAUCGUGGUGUGGUCAUUGUAUCCAGUACUCGCCGACCUGGAAAGCCCUGGCGGGGGAUGUCAAAGACUGGGAACAGGCCAUUCGCAUUGGAGUACUGGAUUGUGCUCAUGAGAAGAACUUUGACAUCUGCAAGGAGUUUGAGAUCCACUUUUACCCCACCUUUAGGUAUUUCAAAGCACAUGGCAGCAACACUGAUGUUGGCAAAACAUACAGAGGUCCCGACCGUGAGCUUCAGACCGUUAGACAGCUGAUGGUGAACUUCCUGCAAAACCACACAAAGCAGGACUGGCCCUCUCGCUGCCCUCCUCUGGAACCUUCCAGUUCGGAGGACAUUCUGGCGUUACUAGGACAAAAGUCGGAGCAGUACACAGCUGUUAUCGUUGAGGAUGCGGAUUCCUAUGUGGGGCGGGAGGUGAUCCUGGACCUGAUGCCGUAUCAGGGUGUGUAUGUGCGGCGAGUGCUGAGCUCAGACAAGAUGCUGCUGGACCGGCUGGGAGUGACCGACCUGCCCGCUGCCUUCCUGCUGCACCCCGACGGCACCCACGGCCUCAUGGACGCUCAGAAGAGGCUGCGGUUCUUCUUCUCCUCCUUCCUCAAGCUGCUUCCUGGCGUCCACAAGCUAAACUCCGCCUCUCUGCAGAAUUCCGCCCACUCCUCCAGCAACGGCCACAAACCCACCGAGGAGUGGAGGGAGUUUGAGAAGUCUAAGGUGUACAUGGCUGAUCUGGAGUCAGGGCUGCAUUACCUGCUGCGGGUCGAGCUUGCCGCUCGCCAGACUCUGGAGGGGGAGGAGCUUAGGACCUUUAAAGACUUCGCCACCGUCGUUGCCAAGCUGUUCCCAGGCCGGCCCUCGGUGGUGAAGCUGCUGGAGACGCUGCUGGAGUGGAUCAUCAGCCUUCCGCUGGACAAGAUCCCCUACGACGCCGUGCUGGACCUGGUCAACAACAAGAUGAGGAUCUCGGGGCUGUUCCUGAGUGAGCGUGUGCAGUGGGUGGGUUGCCAAGGCAGCAGCGUGUCGUUGCGGGGGUACCCCUGCUCCCUCUGGACCCUCUUCCACGUGCUCACCGUGCAGGCCGCCCAGCGCCCCGACGCCCUGGCCAACACCGCGCUGGAGGACGACCCCCAGGCCGUGCUGCAGACCAUGCGCCGGUACAUCACCACCUUCUUCGGCUGCCAGGAGUGCGGCCGCCAUUUUGAGGAGAUGGCGCAGGAGUCCAUGGGGGCCAUCAAGACGCCGGACGAGGCCGUGCUCUGGCUCUGGAGGAAGCACAACCAGGUCAACCACCGACUGGCAGGUGCGAUGAGCGAGGACCCUCUGUUCCCCAAGAGGCAGUGGCCGACCCCUGACCUGUGCCCCACGUGCCACGAGGAGCGCAGCGGCGUCCACGUGUGGAACGAGCCCACCGUGCUGGACUUCCUCAAGCGCCACUACGGCUCCUCCAACAUCUCCCCCAAAUACGCCCUCCAGCCCGCCCCGCCCGCCCCCCCCAAGCACCCGCCCACCCUCGCCCCCAACGCGGACGCGCUCGCGGUCGCCGAC